UUGAUUGGCGGUUGUGGUGGCGGGAGUACGUAAGUACGUCACGUGAAAAGUCAACUCACGUGACAGUAAAAAAAAUCCAGGAUCAAAAUGGCUGCAACUGGCGACGAAGCCGCAGCUAUGGACAGCAUCUCCAGGGAACCAGCGGCCCACUCGACUGCUUCAAGCCCACCUACAAGCAGUUCUGUUCAGGCGGAACGUUCAGACGAAGUAGCGGAAAAUCUAGUGACUGCUCCCAAAAAGCCCGGUACCAACAGUGAUGGAGGUGUGGAGACUGCAGAGGAGGCUGUGGAACCUGCGGAACCCGAUAUCAACGAGUUGGGCACCGAUAUGUUUGAAAAGAUGGCCAUCUUCCUUCAAGGAGAACUAACAGGUACUUGUGAAGAUUACCGCCUUUUAGAGAACAUGAACAAACUCACAAGUUUGAAAUACAUGGAAAUGAAGGACAUCAGUAUUAACAUCAGCCGCAACCUGCAGGAUCUCAACAACAAAUAUGCUAGCCUACAGCCAUACUUGGACCAAAUAAAUAAGAUUGAAGAGCAAGUAUCAGCACUUGAGCAAGCUGCUUACAAACUGGAUGCAUACUCCAAAAAACUGGAGGCCAGAUUCAAGAAACUGGAGAAGCGAUGAGAAAGAGGAGACGGACUGAGAAUUAUGGUGCCUUCUCACUUCUUUCACCCCAGCCUGCCCUCUGCUCUUGCUGCCACCGGGCACAAGAGCUGCAGGGAGGAUGUGAACUGAGACUAAAACAACAAACACUGAAUCACUUUGAAACCUAAAAAUCACCACAGAGGAAGCAGCUGGACUAAAGCUGCCUGGCACAGUGUUGGGCAAAGAUUUUACUCUGACAGAUAUUCUGUGUACAGUGUGCGUGCGUGCGUGUGUGUGCGUGUAGUCAUGUAUGUUUUCAUUAUAUUUCAUCCGUGCGUCCUGGGAAACGACACAUAUCUACUAAUGUAAAACGCCUCUAAAGAUGUGCAGAUAAAUGUUGAGUGCACCUGUAUCAUGUGGAUAAUUUACCUGAUAAAGCAUGCUUUUGAGUCUCA